AUGGCGGCGGGGCCGGCGCUGUGCGGGGCACUGGUGCUGUGCGGGGCACUGGUGCGGUGCAGGGCACUGGUGCUGUGCGGGGCACUGGUGGCCCCGGCGGCAGGGUCAGCGAAAGCUCCCACACCAGCACCACCAUUCCGCAGGGUGGACAUCACCCUGGGCUGCUCCUACUUGGAGGAAGAUGUGAGAGGUUUGCUGCGUGCCGCCGGCAGCGCGGCCUCGGAGCAUCCUGCCACCCUCGUGCUCAGGGGGGUCAGCGUCAGAGAUGAUGGGAACUUGGAUGAUGUCACUGAGUACAGAGUCCCACGGGAAAAUCCUGGCUCCUCUUCUCCUAUUGUCUUUCAAGCCUCAGCCCAGUCGGUAUCCAUCCCACACGCCGAGUCCCUGCUGCACGCAGACUGUGAUGGAGAGGAGGUGACCUGCGAGAUCUUGCCGUACAGCUCCCGGCGGGCUGUCGAGGGGCCCUGCCGUGCCUCCUGGUUCAUGGCCACCCUGCAGCUCUCCAGCGGGAUCAGCGUCGCCCUGGUGCUCAGGGGCCCUGACUGCGGCAGCCGGGAUGAGGAGGAGGAGGAGGAGCACGAUGCAACCCUGCACCCAAAGCUGAGGAUUCCUAUGAGCAAGGAGGGGACGGUGCUGACCACAGUUGAAUUUCAGUCGUCAUCACGCAACACUUCCUUGCACGUGCAUCUUGGCAGCUCAGUCACCCUCGACUGCCGCUUUGCCUUGGCUCCCAGCUCCUCGCUCUCUGCCCUGGAGUGGAGAAGGCAGCACCAAGGCAGCGGCCGUAGCCUUUUCCGGUACCAGGUGGGGAGCACCGGCCCAGCAGCGCAGCCAAAAGUCCACGUGGACGUGGGGAAGCUGCUAGGGAGUGGAGAUGCAUCGCUUCGCCUGCAAGGAGUGAGCGUGGCAGACGAAGGGAUGUACAUCUGUUUGGUGUCCACCUCGCUGCACCAGGCCCAGCACAUCAUCCAGCUGCACGUGGCCGAGCCUCCAAGAGUUCAUGUCAUUCCAGCAGAGGUGACACUCGAGAGAGACGUGACGACUACUCUGACCUGCAACAUUGCCGGCUAUUACCCCCUGGGCGUCUCGGUGAGCUGGACACAGAAGACUCCAGAAGAUGACACGGAAACCCCUCUCUCAAAUGCACAUUUCUCCAGCCACCGGCAAAGCCAAGACGGCACCUACAGCAUCACCUCCUUCCUCAGCAUCAGCUCAGCCACAGCGCGGGCGCCAGCCACCUACAGCUGCCACGUUUCACACGUGGCCCUGGCAGAGCCCAUCUCUGUGAGCGCCCAUCUUAAGGCACCAGCACAAACGGGAUCGAAAGGACUGGUGGGAGGUUUCAUUGCUACCGUCAUUUUCAUCGUUGUCCUCUUCGUUGUGCUCAGGAGAGGAGCAGCUAAACCAAAGUCUGAGCAACUUCUAAGGGCUUCAGAAUAG